GAGCAGCAGAUAGGGGAUUUGCAGCCGCUUUUGUAGCUGCUGGCAAAACCACUUCUGUUGCAUCAGGUACCUCCAGGGAAGCAUUUGUAACAACCACUGCUUCUGGAAUUUCUACCACAGCAGUCACUGCUUCCACAGAAGUCAAGGAAACCUCUGAAACUAAAAUGCAAACAAGAUGUCCACCAUCACAUCCACCACCUCCAGUUUGUCAUGGUCCACUGGGAGAAAAGAAAUCUCCUGGAGAGGAAUGGACUGCCAAUUGUUACACAUGCACCUGUACUGAUGCAAAUACUGUGGACUGUAGCCUCAAGGAGUGCCCUUCUGCACCCACAUGCAAAACUGGAGAGAGACUCGUAAAGUUCCAAGAUAACGACACCUGCUGUGAAAUUGGAUACUGUGAACCAAGAACAUGUUUGUUUAACAGUAUCGAUUAUGAGAUUGGUGCUUCAUUUGAUGAUCCCAGCAACCCAUGCAUCUCCUACUCCUGCCACAACACUGGUUUUGUUGCAGUGGUCCAAGACUGCCCAAAGCAGACUUGGUGUCCAGAAGAAGACCGAGUCUAUGAUUCAAAAAAAUGUUGCUAUACAUGUAAGACUAAUUGUAGAUCUUCACCUGUGAAUGUGACUAUUAAGUACAAUGGUUGCCAGAAAAGAGUCGAGAUGGCAAGGUGUGUAGGGGAAUGCAAGAAGACUGUCUGGUACAAUUAUACACUCUUUAAGUUGACAAAUUCAUGCCUUUGCUGCCGAGAAGAUAACUAUGAGUUCCGAGAAGUUGUUCUUAGCUGUCCUGAUGGCAGUACAAUACCUUACAGAUACAGGCACGUCACAACCUGUUCUUGCUCAGACAUAUGCCAACAAUCUGUAACCCCAGCAGUCAGUUAA